UAAAAUGUUGUUUAAUCGUAGUGAAGAUGACCCGGUUGAGAUCCGAUGGAGGUGAGAGCCGGGUCGGUUGUUGAGAGCGAAAUCGGGAGGAGGUGCUGGGUCGGUUGUAGAUGAAUUUGAGUCUUGUUGUCAUAUGUAGAUUCAUGGGCGGACCCAGGUAGAGCUGAGGUGAAUAAAAAUCCUACUUACCCCCUAUAGUGAUUUAUUUUUGAACCCCCUGAAAUUUAAAAAUUGCACCCAGGUCCCAAGCCCCAGCCAACACUCACUCACUCUGUCACUCCUCUCUCUCUCUCUCACGCACUCAUCUCUGAUUCACUUCCUCACCAGACACGAUUCACACAAUCACACCACCUGACCACCACCGGCCACGCCCACCACCACGGUACCACCUUUCUCUCUCUCUCACGCACUCAUUCAGUCAAUCAGUCAUUCUCUGGUUCACAAGUGAAGUGCACAACGCACCACGCCACCACCACCGGCCGCACAACGCCAACGCACCACCACUCUCUCUCUCUGCUGCUGUUGAAGCUUGAAGGAUAUAUUCGCUUCACUAGGCAUCUGGAAAAAGGUUGUGAAUUGAGUGAUCAUGGAUGACCUAUUCGACUCUUCACUGAAUUUGGAGGAGACCCAUUUCAAGGAAGGCUAUGACGAAGGCUACAAGGAUGGGCUCAUUGCAGGCAAGGACGAGGCCAAGGAAGUGGGUCUCAAGGUUGGCUUUGAGGUCGGUGAGGAACUAGGUUUCUACAGCGGUUGCCUCCAUAUCUGGACCUCUGCCAUCCGGCUUGACCCGAAUUGUUUCUCCUCCAGGGCCAAAACUACCAUUAACCAGAUGCAGGACCUGGUCCACAAAUAUCCUCUCAUGGAUCCAGAAGAUCUGCAGGUGCAAGCGAUCAUGGAUAGCCUCAGGCUCAAGUUCAAGAUGCUUUGUUCUUCUCUGCACGUCAAGCUUGACUACAGCGGCUAUCCAAAUUCUUCGGAGGCCACCAGCAUUCAGUUUUGAACCAGUUUGAUCCUGAUAGACUGGUACCAUUGUAAAAAAAAAAAAAAAGCAAAAUUUAGAGUUCAAUUAUGAACAUUGCCCUUGUAAUUUCAGUUGCGUUCACUUGAAUGUAGUUUUUCUUCCAUCCAUUGUGAGACAUGGAUAUCUGUUAAAAGUGUGUUUGAGGAGAGAGUUUGACAUCAAUAAAUCGAUGUUUACUGUAAACAAAAUUUUCAAGUAUUUCUAGCAAUGGAAAUGGAAGAUUACCUUCUUAUGGCA